UACAGCUGUUGAAUUCAAGAGACAAAAUGUUCGGCAAGCUGUUCGUGAGCGCCGUUCUGCUGGCUAUUCUAGCCAUCCUGCCUGCCUCGGCAUCUCCUGGAUACUUCGGUGGCGGAGGCUUCGGUGGGCGCAGUGGAUAUGGAGGAGGUGGUGGAUACGGUGGUGGUGGAUUCGGAGGUGGUGGGUUCGGAGGUGGUGGAUAUGGGGGUGGUCGAGGAUUCGGCGGCAGACAUGCUUUCGACCCUGACGGGUUUUAUUCCCCAGAGAAGCUUAAUUUCGACCCUAUGGAGCGACAGUUCGUGAGCGCCGUGCUGCUGGCUAUCCUAGCCGUACUGCCUGCCUCGGCAUCUCCUGGAUACUUCGGUGGCGGAGGCUUCGGUGGGCGCGGUGGAUAUGGAGGAGGUGGUGGAUACGGUGGUGGUGGAUUCGGUGGUGGUUAUGGUGGUCGCCUGGGUGGAGGUGGUGGAACGCUUGCUAUCGCUUCGGGACUCACUCGAGGAUUCGUAGGAGGACAUGGUGCACACAACUCAUCGCUCCCUCAAUCUGUCAGCUCCAAGCUACCAACCGAUCAAUUAACUUACUUCAGCAUGGCUGCGAAAAUGAUCAUCGUUGCUGCCGCACUGGCGAUUAUCCUGCAAGCCUGCGCUGCCGCGCCCAAAAUCGGACACUUCGGCGGCCACGGACUCGGCUUAGGCUUGGGCUUCGACAAAGGCUUCGGUGGAUCUUAUGGCGGCGGUUAUGGUGGAUAUGGGGGAAUCCAAGCCGGCUAUGGAGGAUACAAGGAAUCAUACGGAGGAUUCGGAGGUCUGCAGAAAGGAUUCGGCGGGUAUCAUGGUGGUAUUGGAUCUUACGGAGCUGGAGGCUACGGUGCCGGUGGAUUUGGCGGUGGCAUUGGAGCUGGGAUUGGAGCUGGUUAUGGAUUAGGAGGAUAUCACGGAUUAGGAGUGUACUAAAAAUGCAACUUCAUCCGUUCAUCCGUCAAGCAUCUUUACCGUCUUCGUCGUCCUGACAUCUCGGCCGCAAUUAGAAGGUCGUCAUGGCCAGCGGUUUUAUUUAUAUGCACUUUAAAUAUCAAUGAUUGUCAUCUGCUAUAAUGAUUGUUUCUCUGCCCUAUGGAAAUUUCUGAAUAAAUAUAUACUUUUUCUCGC